AGUCAAAGAUAAUAAAUUAGCCAUGUUUACAGUUGCUGUGCUUUGUUUUGACAUGUGGGAUGUUUUUUCCAUUGGAGAACAUUGGCCCGUGACAGUGAAGUGUGAACAACCUGAACAAGUGAAGUGAUCAUGUCCAGGCAAGGAACUCGGUUGGAUGCCAAAAAAGUGAAUUCGGAGCUGUUUACCCUCACAUAUGGAGCACUGGUAUCUCAGUUGAUGAAAGAUUAUGAAAAUGUUGAGGAUGUUAACAAACAGUUGGAGAGAAUGGGUUACAAUAUUGGUGUACGGUUAAUAGAAGACUUCCUUGCUCGUACUGCAUCUGGAAGGUGUUAUGAUUUCCGUGACACUGCAGAAAAAAUCCAGAUGGGCUUCAGGCUGUUUCUGGGUGUAACCCCUGUAAUUACAAACUGGAGUCCAGCUGGAGAUGAGUUUUCUUUGCAAUUUGAAAGUAAUCCAUUAACAGAAUUUGUGGAGCUACCAGAUCAUUGCCUGACACUGAAAUACGCAAACAUUCUCACUGGUGUCAUCAGAGGAGCUUGUGAAAUGGUGCAAAUGGAAGUUACUUCAUGGUUUGUACAAGAUCAGCUGAAGGGUGACAGUGUAACUGAACUGCGCAUUAAAUUUGUGAAGAGACUAGAAGAUGCCAUACCAGCAGGAGAAGACUGAAUGAAACCCUUGAGAGUUUUUUGAGAAAUUACAGUAGGCAUCAGAAAACCUCAUGAUAUUCAACAUUCCAUUGUCCUGCAGGAAGGAGUGGAAGUGCUGGUUUUUUUGUCAUUGUUUGGAUCAAAACUGUAACGUCAAAAACGAGGAGAGAGGACCACAUAUGUGUGGUAUAAGAAGCCCGUGUGCUAUUAUGUUUGUAUUGUGUGGAAAGCAAACCUGAUGUAAUCGUGUGAUAUUGGAACAUCUAUCCUUCUUUGUUUGUCUGAGACAACCAUCAGCAUUAUUUCUUUUUGUCCUUGAAGCACUGUAUUCUGUAUGACAGUAUUUAUGGAGUUUAGAGUCAUUUUUUGGAGAUGCAAGAAGUAUGUUACUUUGUUAGAUAUUGAAUUCAAAUAUAUGUGCUUUCACCUUACUUUAAAGGCAAGUAAGGACUUCAUAUGAAGUAGUUAAUGAUUUGUAUGUUUCCACAAUAUUUUAGUUACGUAGAUUUUGUAUGGUGCAGUAACAAAUGUUGUUUAAAACCAAGUAUUGAAAGAACUUCCAGGAAUUUACAAAAUUAAUUGAGGUCAUUAGGCUUUCUCAACUUAUUUUACGUUCUCCCCCCCCCCCCCUCUCUCUCUCUCUCUCUCUCUCUCUCUCUCUCUCUCUGUCAUAUGUAUAUAAAAUUAUAAAAAUCCCCCCUCCAUGUUCUCCUUCUUUCCUCCACAUAUUAUUUUCACCACCAAAAUUAAACAAGGGGCUUGCUAUAUUUGAUUAUAAAAAACGAAAUACUUUUGCAAGCACUGUUGAUGUAUAACAAGAAAAAGGGAGUGGUGCAAAUUCAUCAAAAAUUUAAAUAGUCUUUAUUUGAGCAGUAGCUACUCAGUUUCCAGAGGAUAGGGAGAAAGGUGG